AUGGAUACCCCUACGUGCCCCCCGCCGCGGGACGACCGCGAGAAGGAGAUUCUCGACAAGCUGGUUGCGAUCCGCGAUAGACUUCUGCUCUUGAAGCAGGAUCGCACGACCUAUAUUCGAAGCCAGGAUGUUCUCCCGCUUUACGAGGAGACGAUCGAGCAGGUUCGUCUGCUCAACGAGGCCCGGCCGUCUGGCCGAAGGGAGGAGAACAGAGUGGACAGAGUCUUGGAGAGCUGCUUCCAACUACUUUCGCUCUUCUUCAUGACCAUCGGACGAAACAACGAAGCUCCUGCCGCAUAUGCCUUGACCUCCACCAUCCGGAGAUUGUUGGAUCAUCUCACCGAAGUCGACUUGUAUUCCGUUAAGGACUUGGAGAGCAUCUCGCAUACCCUGACCAAGCUCGCGCAGAAUGUCAAGGCUACCGAAACCGAGUACCCUCCAUACAUUAUCACUUUGCUGUCUAACAGACUGGCGCUUUGUGAAAAUUCUCUGGCGCAUCUUCGAAAGCGAUUGGAGCGUUUCGAGGACCCCCUGCCAAAGACUUAUGAGAAGCUAAUCUCUAUCCUGAGAUCCAUGUCCCUGGCAAACACACGAACAAAGGCACGGUUGUUCUCGCUAUCGGAAGUCCAGAAACUUCAAGCCCAACUGCGAGAGAUUGAGGAGAAGAGAAAGGAAGGCAAGCUAUUGACUACAGAGGGGAAGACACCGGGCGGGUUCGAUGAGGUGGCUGCUUUGCUGGAUAAGUGCCUCAUGUGGUCUGAUUUUGUUCUUGAGCGAAGAGGGGUGAUUCCUGACUCUUUCAAGCCAACAUACGACAUCUUGUUCCGCAUUCGCAACGAACUGGAGAAACUCUCGAUCACGCAAGCAUGGUCUCUACGUGAGGCGGAUCUUUUUGACUUCCAGAGACAGUUGGACAAGAUCGACGAAAGCAGAAUCGAAGGCAACUGGAUUGAUGACGAAGGCAAGCCUGCGGAGCUCUAUGUUCAGCGUACAAUGCUCUAUCUCAUCAGAAGAAGCUACGCAUACAUCUAUUCAUUGAUGAUAUCUUCAGAACCUGUUUCGGAAGCCUUACUGCCGAUCUACAAUCAGCUCCAGACGCUCAAGCGAUGCCUCAUUGAGGUCAAGAACAAUGGUGGCGUUCAGUCCGUGAGGGAGCUGUACCCGUAUAGCAUGAAGCUUCACUCAAUUGACAACAUGCGUCAAGAUGGCAAAUUCAUGAUCAACGACGAUAUCCCGGAAGGGCAAGGCAGUGUUACUGAGCUUCUUGCUGAAUGUUUUGAACUCAACUAUGAGCUCAGGGUUGCUGCUGAAGAACAGGCCGAAGCUUGA